AUGGCCGUAAGACGAAGACUAUCCGAAGCGACAGCGCUCGUUCCAGACCUUCAUGUUGGAGUGCCAAAUCUCUCCAAGACGCUCCAUAUACACGAGGUACCUGCCUGGAUGAGAGAUAACGAGUAUAUCGUCUCUGGGUAUCGAAGGUAUGCCCAAAAUCACUGGCGGGGAUGCUUCCAUUCUGUCUUUGGAUGUGACUCAUUGUUACCAAUCCCCAUUUUGUUCUCCGUCGGUCUUCCAUAUUGCACAGAUUUGCACAACGAAACUGUCAAUAUCCACAGCCAUCUCUGGGGCGCGGCCUUGUUCCUUUAUUUCCUUAUUACAUUUCACCCCAACUUCCUAGAACCGUACCCGAAAACGACAUGGAUUGACUUAUUCGUUUUCGUGACAUUUUUAUCUUCGGCGGUCUUCUGUCUAGGUGCAAGUGCCUUCUUUCACACAUCCACCUGCCAUUCCAAAGAGGUAGCGUCGCGUUGUGUAGCACUCGACUAUUCGGGGAUCGUCGUACUCAUCUUAGGAUCCUUUUACCCAUCUAUAUAUUACGGCUUGUUUUGCAGUCCCUAUGCCCAAGUGACGUACAUAUCGCUACUCACCGCGGCCGGUCUCGGCGCGGCGUACGUUGUUCUCCAACCAGAAUAUGCUCGUGCCACACAUCGCGGACUGCGAACGAGCGUAUUCAUCGGUUUAGGACUAACUGGGGUUAUUCCCGUGUGUCACGCAUUGGUUACCCAUGGCUUCCUGAAGCUUUUCUCAGAUAUGGGCUUAAAUUGGCUUUUGUUUUCGGGGGGAUUAUACAUCGCGGGGGGCAUACUUUAUGCAAAUCGUAUCCCAGAACGGUUCUCGCCAGGGAUGUUCGAUUACUUCUUUUCUUCGCACCAGAUAUUCCAUGUAUGUGUUGUGAUAGCCGCCCUGGCACAUUUUGCCAGUAUUUCCACUGCUCUGGAUUUCUGGCACAGUGAACAAAUGUCGUGUCAGCUGUAG